CAGGAUGCACUUGAAAUUACCGUGGACACAGGACGGGGGAAGGGAAACUGAGAUUGGAGGGAGAAACAAUCAGAAACUAAGUUUUUAGAUACUGUGAACAUAUGACAGUUGUUCUCCAGGACUGGCUGCACAUCAGUGACCCAAAUCUCACUGGACACUUGCAUUUCCUACUUUGAACGAGGGCUGAUAUUUCACGUGAGGCUGAGGACAUAACAUUGCAACUGUACUAGUAGCACUAGGUGCACUUUGGAUUUGUGCUGAGUGCCAAAGUAAUGAAGUGUCUCGAUCGGGGAGAGCCCAGCCCUGAAAAGCAAUGUCAUUAUCCAGCUUCUGUGCACUUCUGAUGGGGCUGAGGAGUGAACCAACUGGCCAAGCAGAUCUCUGGAGGCGAGGAAGGAGGGAGGUUUCCAGGAAAGUCAUGUAUUGAUGGAGAACCAUUUCCUCCAGUCACUUCUUGUGGACUGAUACCUGCACAUUCCUCUCAGCCCAGACAGUCAAGGUUAGACUCGGAGAAGUUAACAAACCCAGGCUGCCAGCAGAAUCCACACAGUCUUUACUGUCCCACAACAUGGAUGUCUAUACUCAGUGACAGCUUUUGUGCAAUCAAACAGGUGACUGUGGACACUGGGCUGUCAUUGUAUGUAAGGAAACACAUGAGAAGAGCAUAGAUACAAAUGUGCACUACAGAAACCAUGGUGGUCCUUUCAUCAGCUCCUCAGCCCAUCUCAGUCCAUGAUUUCAGAAGCCUUUAGAGGCCCGCAUCAGGAACACGCUUGGGAGCCAACACACUCGUAUGCAAUGGAAGAAGACGCUGAUGUCACAUCCCACACAGAGGGUCUGAAUUGUUUAUCUCGUGAAUGCAAACCAUUAGAAGAUAUCACCAAUGGACACUCCAACCAUAAGCCUGUGAGUGCUCCCAAAACCAUCUCUUCUACAGUUAUGAAUGGAUUGAUAGUUGGUCAUAAUGUCAAAGACCACACCAAUGGCAGCGCACCACUCAGAUCUCUGCCAAUAUCAGCACUGAAGCAGAAUGGGCUUCUGCAGACCUUGGCAGCCGGAGGGGAACAGCCGAAACCUGCAGAUGAAAAUGAAGAGUUGGAAAAGGCCAGACAGGAGUGGGAAGCCCUGGAGAGUGUUCAACCAGCACUCACUGAAGAUUCCAACCCGACCCCACUCAUCUCUUUUAACGAAGCCCUGCAGUACUUCCAGACCACAGACCUCGGGGACCUGCUGAAGAACAUCCAGCCAACCAUACGUAGGACAGGUCUGGCCGCUAUCACACACUUCCUCUUUGGACCCCCACGACUGCACAGGGAACUCCUGGAGGAACGGGACCUGGUCUUUGCCAUCGCACAGUGCUCAGUGGACAACAACCAAACAGUUCACAUGCGCGUCCUUCAGACCAUUUAUAAGAGGCUCAUUGGCAGCAGGCUGGACUGUCCUCGGUAUGGGGAGCACUGGGAGAGCAUUGGCUUUCAGGGUACAGACCCAGCCACUGACCUACGUGGCACUGGUUUCUUGGGUCUGAUGCAUAGUCUGUACUUUGUGAUGGACCCAGAAACUCUACCAUUGGCCAGAGACAUCUACAAGCUCUCACAACACCCUACACAGAACUUUCCAUUCAGUGUGAUGUCAAUCAACAUGACCCGCAUUGCUCUGCAAGUGCUCAGAGAGGAAGCCUUGUCCAAGGAGUGCAACCGUCGCCAGCAGGUGGUUGGGGUAUUGAAUGAGUUCUACGUUGCCACGUAUCUGCAUUUGUACCAGCUAUGGAAGACCCAGCAGAAGACCAUUGCUGACUCUGGAUUUGUACUCAAAGAAGUGGAGCUGUUUGCCAAAAAGAACCCCAAGCAGAUGCUGCGCCGACUAGAGGUCUUCCUGAAAGAGAGGCGGGCAGGUGGCAUCCCCCGUGGGACAUCACCAGACCCUCAGGCCCAACAGCCCUCGCCCACCCUGGGGGAACGAGCGGCCAGAACCGGCACGGGACAUGGAAGCAAGGGAAAGGAGAUGCACUUCACAGGAGUGUGUGAUCUACCGCCAGACAUGGAGGGAGAGGCCAGGCUCAUCUAAGCUAGUGUCUAAAUGUGUGUGUGUGUGUGUGUGUGUGUGUGUGUGUGUGUGUGUGUGUGUGUGUGUGAGAGAGAGAGAGUAUGAGUAUGUGGGCAGUGCUGUUGUCUGUUAGUGUAUGUGUGAGUUGCUUCCUCUUAUGCACCUAGAAGAAGAACUCCACCAGACCCUGAUCUAGGACCUGCUAUCUGAACCUUUUCAAACACUUCCACUCCUUACGUUGAUGCUGGGGUGCUGCACUUUGAUCAGAUUAAGAUUGGGGUCUUUCAGAGUUAUGUUUGUGUCUUUCAGUUUUGUUGUUUUCGUAAACAGAAAAUUAGAACAGUCAAAUAUUAAAAGCUGUUGCAGGUCAGAAACACAAGAUGUCACAAAACAAAAAAGUGAAUGCUUGCACUUUUCUGUGGAUUUAGUAGCCAAAUCAAUAGCUGCCAAAUUCUUGUGGUUAAAGUCUACCUGCCUAGAAGUCCAAAACGUACACGUGUCCCUAGUAUCUGUCAGCCAGGGUUUGUUAGCAUUACAAGAGGAGAGAAGAGCAUGGCGUGGCUUUUUUUGAAAGGCUUGUUGUUUGCUCUCGCUCCAAGCCAAGGAGAACAACGCAUGCCAGUAGCCCAUCAUGCAAACGGGGAGAAGCAUUGUCAGGCAUAUUGUAAAACUGUCUGUAAACUUUAUGACGAUAAGAGUAAAAUGUAACCGUUUCAAGCCGUGCUAUAGAGCAACACCAGCAGGUUUUCUCUCAGCAUGAGUGGGAAGUGGCAGAUAGAAAACCUGGAGUUUGCAGAAUCUCUGAGGAGCAGAAAUAUUCACUCUGAUCUAAGUAGACACUGUUCUAAAAUAUCUAGUCAGUAGGCUUUGAAUGCAGCUUGCUUUUAAGUCUGUUCACUUUGCAUUCUCAAUUAGAGCAUGAAUGAACGAAGUAUGUCAUGUGAAAGAUGUACAUGAUGGACCCUUAGUUCAGUUGAGUUGGACGUAUCGCCAGCUGUUGGUGCAUACGUGGUGUGUGCUGUCUAUUGCCAGGGUCUGAUAAACUAGGUCCACAGCUCCCACUUAUUGUGGGAAAAUAUAUUUUAAAUAACUUUUAAAAAUAAAUAUUUUAGUCCUUUCUGAAGGGAUAACUGUCAUAACCCUUGUUAUGCAUAAAGCACUUCAGAACUUUGUUAUUCAACUGAUGGCUGAGUGACCAUGAGAAGGACUGUUGAGUUGUACAGAAGAACAUCUGGAAAUCUUCUGAUGUGUGAAUUUUUCUUGGUGUAUGGUGGUUUUAGCCACGGAGAUACUUCAUAACAGAAUCUGUGUGCUUGACUUGGUCCCAGCUAACAUCGAAGGUCUGGUAUGAGCUUUCUCUACAUUCCGUUAUAAAGCAUGUGAUUGUAAUUUUUUUUGACUAGUUAAAAACUUUAUUCCAGUGUGUGCAGACUUGCGUAUGUUUGUGUGCGUAUGUUGAACUGAAUGAGCUGAUAUUGAUGAAGGGUGCCUCUCCUAGGAGAUGUAUGGUACAGUAUGCAAUCCCAGCUCUUACUCAAUGAUAAUCAAAACGAUAGUGCUGUGUGACGAUAGAAAUCGUUCCUAACUUCAGGGUUUGUGUGCUUGUGCAAGCGAGUGUGUUUGUAUGAUUAUGUGUGUGUGUUUGUUUGACAGGAACUGACUACAGAUGGGGUGCUUUCCUCUGCACACAAAAAGCCAGCUUUACUAAGUACUUGAUCCAUCAAGCUGCAAAGACGGUACUUAAGUCAUGUAACAAUGGUACAUAACAUUUCUGAGGACAAGAUUUAUCAAAACAAACACAUCCUUUUAGUUUGCGUUUUCUUUUAGAACCCAGAUGUUGGUUCUGGAGACACCUGGUUUCAGCAGCUCUGUGGCCUCGAAUGGUUGAACUCCUCAGCAAAGCUGGUUCCUGUUUUGUGCUAAUGUGAAACCGUCUCCCAUCGUUGUAGUCUCAAUCUGUAGCAUGUUCAGGUAGCACUAGUACUGUAGCAUCUUAUAGCCUCCUCCUCUUCGUAAAGCUUGUUGAUGUCAUGUCUCAGUUACAGUCUGUAGUGUCAAUGAGUGCGCAAACUGUUACUACUAUAGCACAUUCAUUUCAUACUUGCAUUAAGCCUCCUUCAGUAGACUCAUGUUUAGGUGGCGCAGAUGUUGAACAUUUGUUUUGGAGAAAUGUGAGAUAAAUUAGCUCAACCUUGUCUUCUGAGAAGGUGACAGGAAAAACGGUGCCUACAUCCAGUGGAGCCAUGUAGGUUAGAGUGCUGGUUGGUCCUCACUUCCUUUUUCCUUUUUAUUUGAGCCACCGUGCCACAGUAGACUUCCUCCAUUCACCAUAAACACACUCGAUGUGACCCCAAACACACAGGCCUAAGAAAUGCAUACCUGGAAAUAUACAAGCAUGUAAAUUUUCAAUGUCAACAUUUGAUAAUUGUUCCGAUAAUCUCCAUUCUCCACCGUACAAUUUCACAAAUGAGCUGAUGUAGGUUUGCCAAUUGUUUGCAAGUGUUUUGACUGAUCAGGAAAAUUUGCACUGUUGUAGAUAUUUGAUAGUAUGUGUGAUGUAUGCAAGAGGAAACAGGCCAUCUUCAAUAGCCAUAAUGUUCAUUAUCACCCACCUCAUGAAAUUUUGGUCGGGUGAAGUCAGAUCCCCUUUCCUUCACUCUUUAAGAAAACAAAAAAAAAAAAAAAAAAAAGAUUAAAAAAAAUCACCACAGAUAUGGUCUCACAUUUAGUUUUAUUAAAUUUUAAACUGAGGAGCAGUACAGUGUAUGUAAAUCAGGAAGUCUGUAUAUAGAGAAAUAAUGAUUGUAACUGUAUGAUUGUCUGUAGGGCAUUAUACUGAAACACAUCGCUUACCUCAAGACUUGAGACAAAUCUCUCCUUUCUCUCCUGACAUUUGUUUGAGACGACCUCUGGCCUCUGGGUCAGACUCUAUCUUUUUAUUUUUCCUUGCACCUUGGCCUUCUCUCAUAUCAAUUGGACAUGUUAUAUAAUGUAUAUUAAACACCUGAAGCACUACGUAAUAGCAAACUAACACAAAAGCUGGUCAAUGUUAUGUGUAUACUAUUUAAAGACACAUUUAUAGACACUAUAUAGGCCCACAUGCUCUUAUGCACAUCUGCAGGUAAAACGUCCUUUUUAAAAACGAUCUAUAAUUGGCUCAUGUUUACUAUGUUGAACUAAGCUGGGUUUUUUUGUGGCUUCAGUGAUAGUACAGUAUACUUUUGCUGUGUCUUAAGUGUUUGAUGUCAGGAAAACACUCAGAAACGAUCCGAUCUCCACAGCUACAGUCACAAACAAACUGUUCAAUAUAUGAUUGUAAAGAUAUAGGCUUGAUUAGCUGUCAUAAUACUGUGUAUGCUUUGACCUUGGUAUAUAUUCAGUAUCCAAACAAGGCCUGAUUUAUCCUCUCAUAUUACCAAAAGUUAUAUUUUCAGCAGUUGUACUAGAUCAUAUUCUUAUGCGUUGUUCAUUGUUUGAAUCUCCUCAGUUGUGAAACCAGAACCAAGGGGAAAAACGGGUUCUUGCAGGAUGUCAGAUGCUCUGAGAGGUGUGGUCUGCUUCCUACAGCAGCUCGGCAAAAUACAAUCACUUCUCAAUAUCCUGCGCUUUAUAUGAAGAUGUUUUACUGUUGCCGUCGUCGUCAUGUCCCUCAGAGCAUUUUAUGACUGUACCUUGAUUGUAGAAGCCCUAUUUUAUACUGAGAGUUAUUUCAGAAUACAGUAUGUGCUGUUGUACAUUAAAUGUAUUGUAUGGAGAAAGCUAAAUAAAUGCAGUUUAAAAUAAA